AUGCAAUCUAGACGCGAUCUUCAAUUCGAUCCUUCCGACCCCAGCCCAGUUGCAGAUCUCCCCGACCUCCCUGACGUCAUUGACUGGAGCAACCCCCAGAGCCUCUUCAGGGCCAUAGGGGGCCGCAUCCCCAAGACACCCUCGCCUGCAGAGGUCCGACGCGAGGCUAGUGCAAAGUCUCGCGAAGCUUUCGCUGCUUACAAAACCCUUGGCGAGAUACUCCAGCGGCACGAGGCCACGAUACAAAAGAGAUGGACCAAGAAGACAAAGCAGCAGAGGCUGCAGAUUCUCCUCAAGGCCUGGCCAGGAAUGCCAGCAUCCCACCGACCAGAUUUUGAAGCCUUUCGCAACGAGUCCGCGGACCAGAGAGAGAGAGGAACCAAAUACAAGCGUCAGUACCUGUGGCCCUGCAUCAACCAGCAGGACCUCUCCCAGCCCAGAUUGAUGCCGCUGCUGCUCAAUUCCCGAGGCCGCCACCCCCCUCCCGCAUUCGCCGCCGCCGACGUGGAAUCUGUCCAUCUUGGUCUUGUAUCCAAAGCCUUGGAUCCAAUCUUUCUCAACGAGCAUGUCAUGAUUCUCCACGGGGCUACCAAGGCAGAGGAAUACGGUAAGCUCGUCGCAUGGGACGAGCAUCCCGACGCGUUUGAAUGGAUGCACACACGCAGGCAGUUCCUCCCCGGAGAAGGCCUGAUUAUUCUGGAGGUGCAAGCUCGUCUCAUGAAAUUCCUAGUUGACUGCUGUCACGAAAUCCUCCACGAGAUUCCAGCGGCCGAUCUGAUCAGUGAUGCCUAUCCCGUUCAUCCGGAACCCCCUCCCAUGACAGACAAUGAUGCAUCUGGGUUUGCAUCCCUGGCCGUCAUGGCUGCAGAAGCACCCUACAGACUGCCAGAGCGGCUUAAUUUGGCAAGGCUAGAGUCUCUGCUCGAAGCCAAAAUGUCCGCAGUAGAGGAUCACGUUUGGGCACUUCGUGAGGAUCCCACUUACUUUGCGGACCAGUUCCGGGAGAUCAAGGACCACCGACAGGAAAUGCUCAAGGACACCGCAGGAAAUUUACAUCCUGUGACUCAAAAGCCGCGGGAGCAUCUCCUUUGGGCUCGGGUCACGGCGAACAUGCUUAUUGACUCAUACAUCAGCCUCGAGGCCUUCACCGAGCUCCACCGACAGCUUCAGCAGCUGCGAGUGCUGCAGAGCAAAUAUAAGACAAAAAUAUCACCAGAAAAGGAUCUGCCAGAGGACUACAGGAUCGCGCUACUGCGUUUCCGGCACUUCCUCGAGAAGACCGCCAAGGGUCCCAUGCACAUGCUCAAGACGGCAGUCGUCGCAUCGCCGCCCAUGCACAAGUUCUUUGCCCGCGAGCCCCCGGCGGACCCGGACUCGACCAAGAUGAAGGUCAUGAGCAAGGUCGGGGUCAAAAGGAGCAAGGACGAGACGAACCUGAUUUGGCUCCUGCAGACGCUGUGCGAGGACGACCAGACCCUCUUCCUGGUAGGUCUACCGCGCCUCGUCGACGAGCUGGAGCGCCUCAUGCAGGCGAGCCCCGAAGCGGACGCACUCGUCUCGGCGCACGUCGGCCGUAUUCUCGGCGACCUGUCCAUCAUUGCCCAGUGCUCGCGACAGCUCGAGCUCUACCAGCCGUGGGCUCAGAUGUUUGACUCGGCUUCGGUGGACCACUCCGAGACCUUCAAAAGUGAGUACCUAAAGUGGGGGGAGCCCUGGGCUCAGCUCAUGGCCGCCGUCAAGGAGCCCAGCCUGACCGCUGCCGGCAAGCUCGCCGAGCCCUCGGGCGGCCGAUUCGCGUACCCCUCGCACAAACGUCGGACGCGGGAGACAGUGGAGGCGCUGCGCGCGGCGGAGCACAACCUGGACGCCGUCUGGGCCAAGGUUGACGGGCAGCUGCGGUCCAAGACGCCGGCACUGACAGGAACAGCCGUGUACCGCUUUCUGUCGAAGCCGCGCCUGCUGCGGCGGACGGCGGAGUGGGUGGAGCCGGCCACGGCGCCGUCGACGGACAAGAAGAUUGCGGACCCCAAUCCGGACGUCCUGAACCGGCCGCUGUCGACCGUGUUUGUAGAUCACUCCGAGGCUAGCUCGCGAGAGUGGAGGACGCAGCCCAAGGUCAAGCCCAAGACCAAGGGCGCCGCGUCUACACAACCGCCGGCGGUCGCUGACGCCCCCGAACCUGCCAUUGUCGAUCCUCGGCCCACGUUUCGCGUUGACGCGCGCACCCUCAAGGUGUUCCGAACCAUCUUCUUCAACCCGGAGGUGACGUCGACCCCCAGCUCGGUCCUCUGGAGCGACUUCCUCCACGCCAUGGUGGCGACGGGCUUCCGGGCGGAGAAGCUGUACGGCUCCGUCUGGCAGUUUUCGCCGACGCGGCCGGACGUAGAGCGGAGCAUCCACUUCCACGAGCCGCACCCCGUGAGUAAGAUCCCGUUUGAGGUGGCCCGGCGACACGGCAGGCGGCUGACGAGGGCCUACGGCUGGUCGGGGGCCAUGUUUGUCCUGAAGGACAAGUGA